AUGAUAAUGAAACUUGGGACUUUAAACUCCAAAUGUGAGUCUUUUUCAGCAUUGAAGAUAAGAGAGAGAGAGAGAGAGCUUGAGGAGGAGCUGAAGCCCCAGAAAAGUUGGAAUGGAGCUUCCAAUGGUGGUGGCUUCUAAUGGCUUUCACUCCUUCAAUGCCAUUAGAGUAUCAAGAUUGAGGCUUUCCUCAAUAAAAACUCCAGUAAGGUUUAACUCACACCGUCAGGAACGCAAUGCACACAAUGUGUUUGCUGCAUUGCCUGAGACAGCAGCAACUGUUGUACUUGCUGCAGUGGCUGUUGGUGCGGGCUCUGUGCUUCUUUCAAAGACUAAGCAAGCUUCGGUUAAUCCUACAUUGGCAGAACCUUUGAAAGUUUGUGAAGAUUGUGGCGGUUCUGGUAUUUGUUCGGCAUGCAAUGGAGAGGGCUUCAUACUAAAGAAGCUCUCGGAGGAAAGUGCUGAUCGUGCGAGAAUGACCGCCAAGAACAUGGCAACCCGAUACACUGCUGGGCUUCCGAAGAAGUGGAGUUAUUGUAUGAAGUGUUCUUCAGCUCGCUCAUGUAGUACUUGUGGAGGGAGUGGGAAACUAAGCUGAUCAAGUACAUCGUCUGUGCUUCAUUAUUCUGUUGCAACUUUGGACGUUUUUCUCGCUCUGGACGCACAUCAUGAAGUGACACUUUAAGGGGGUUUUCAUCGUCAUUCGAUUGUUGGCAAUGUACAUAUAAAUGUAUUGGUCAGUUUGUCUCAGAUGCCAAUCUAGAAGGUACAUACUCUGUGG